CUGCCUGUGAACGAAUUCAAUAUGGUGGCGUGGAUGCUUCACAAACAUUGAACGAAACUAAUUUAUUUCUAAGAUGGUCUUUGUUAGAGCGUGCCGCUUGUGCUUGGAUUUGUCGCCGGAUUCAGAGCUUUUCGAAGGCAACUCAACCGGACACUCUACAGCGCUCGACGAGAAUUUGAAGUUUAAAAUAUAUGCCUGUACCUCCUUGAAGGUUUCCACCGGCGAUGGAUUGCCUGAAUCAGUUUGUGAGUCGUGCAUGCGCUUGCUGGACAAGUUCUUCCUCUUUCGCAAAAUGUGCUGGGAGGUUGAUGGCAAAUUAAAAUUGUAUUUGUUUCCUGACAAAGAUGGAGGUGGUGAGCCCUCUACUGUGUCAAUACCAGAACCUGUUCGCCUGGAUGAGGAUCAGCUGGAGGCACCCAUCAAAGUGAAGGAUUCAUGGAUUGUUGUUUCACCCCAAAUUAAAGAUGAGCUAGGUACGACUGAUGAUGAAAUUGAAGAGGUUGUAGAAAAUUAUGAUGUAGUGGAGAAUGAUGAUGAUGAUGAAGUUCUUGAGAAUGAAGUUGUGGAAAAUGGUGUUGUGGAGGAUAGUCAAGAAUCAGCUGUUGAACAUGCACCACUUAGAUCCAAGUCACAGUUCCAUUGUGAAAAGUGCAAUGAAUCAUUUAAAAGUCCUCAAUAUUUAAAAAUCCAUAUGGAAGACAAUCAUCCGGACCUCUCAAAACCAACAUAUCACUGCAAGAUAUGCACCAAACCAUAUAGACAGUUAAAGCGACUCCAAAACCACUUGAAGAUUCAUGAAGCCCUUGGAGAUAUUAAAUUAGAUGAUGAAAACAAGAAAACUUCAAAUGACUCGGAUUCAGACUCUCAAAACCAAAGGCUGCAUGAAGGUGACAAUGACAACAGUCAGUCAGAGGCUGGGGAAUCAGCUGGUGGGAAGAAGAAGAAGUACCGUAAAGUGUACGACUGUGAGUAUUGUGAUCAAAUAUUUCAUAGCUACACCAAGUAUACUUUGCAUGAACUUACUCACACUGGUGAGAAAAAGUACAAUUGCUCUGACUGUUCACGUAGUUUUACACAUAAGCAUAGCUUAAUAGGCCAUAUUAGAGAGCAACAUACAGGUGAGGUGAAUUUUACCUGUGAUGUUUGUGGACGUGGGUUUGUUCAUCGAUCCACAUUCAACAUCCAUAAGAAGACGCAUUCCACUGAAAAAACACUUAAAUGUCCUGACUGUGACAAAUGUUUCACUCAAAUGAAAAAUCUCAGAGUUCAUCGACAGAUUCACACUGCUUCACGCUCGCACACCUGUCAAGUGUGUGGUAAAAGCUUUAAUUUCUUAAAAACGUUAAAAGUGCAUUUAGUUUUGCACUCAGGGGAAAAACCUUUUGUUUGUACAUAUUGUGGAAAGGCUUUUGCCCAGUCAGCUCCCCUUAAAACCCACACAAGAAUUCAUACUGGUGAGAGACCAUAUGAAUGUAAGUUAUGCCCAUCGAGUUACUCCACUAGCAAUGCUUUGAAAGCUCAUGUGCUUAAGCAUUCAGGUGAAGCCCCUUAUUCGUGCAAUGUUUGCAACAAAGGAUUCAACAGGAAGAAGGACAUGAUUGCUCAUCAAGAGGAAAACCACGAAGUACAUGUGGCCAUGUCUGAUGAUAUGAAUCCGGAUCCAAAUAAUGUGGCCUCCAUACCUCAAAAUUCUCAAAAUACUGUGCAUAAUUCAUCCAUGGGGCUACAACAAAAUUGUUUGCAGUUACAGCAACCACCACCCCUGGUUCCAAUACCAAUGAUGGUUGGACCCAAUUUAACUACAGACACUAUGACUUCUCAUCAAUCCCCACCAUCUCUCAUGCCACAUUCAAUUUCAUCUCUUAAUCACUCACAGAUGAUUCUUCAUACAUCGCAGCAGUUACAUACAAUGACGCAUCAUCCUGGGCCUCACCUUGCAACACCUGCAAACUGUAUGCCCUUGCCACAUUCUUCUACUCAUUAUAACACUCCUCCUGACUGUUCUGGAGGUUAGUUGAUCUUUUUAUUGGUUGAAGUGCAACAAGUGGUCAAGAAAUAGACGUACAUUUUGUGGGCCUUCUUCUUGCAGUGUUUUCUUAUUACUCUCCAUGUCUUCCAGAGCUCUGUGUUGUGUUUACAAACAAGUUAAUUAUUUCAACAAGGUUUGAACUGUUUUUAUUUCAAACAGCAUAUUUAUGCAUAUUUCUGAUUUGCUUCUUCUCUGAAACGUUUGUUAGUCAUUACUUGUUAAAGUUUAGGUUUUAAUACCAAUUUAAUAAUAAUAAUUCUCAUGUAAUGUUUCUGAGUUUCAGUGGAACUGUUUCUUAAUGCUAUGCUCUCUCUUGAUGGAAAUGACACGUCAUUUUGGUUUGUUUUUUUUUUCGUUGUAUUUUAGUUGUUUUCAUGGAUGAAAUUUUCCUUGUUCAAGGGACAUUGAGUGAACUUCCGUUGUUAUUUUUCUGAGAUUUUCUGAUUUGUUACAUUUUUAUGGAAAGCUCCAACAAAUACAGGUUAAUUUAAAGGACUGUAAAUAAGAGUCCUUAGGUGUGCUUGUUAUGUGAGUCUGAUUAAAUUCCUUGAAGUGCAUCCAUGAUAUAUUUGGUGAAACUGAAAUUAAUGUAGAGUUUAUGGUAAGAUUUUGUACAGAAUUAUUUUGUAAUUAAUCUAUAGUAAGUAUGACACUGCCAAGCUAUUGGACUGUAUUGUCCAGUUGAUGCUCAUGUACUCUUAGGUUGUCCAACAUUUCAAAGACUUGAAUAUCAUUCAGGUACAGUCUGUUGACUGUAAAAUGAUUUUAUGAUCUUGUGGUGCUAAAUUUAACAUGACAGCAAGCCUUUUGAAUAAUCUGUUUUUAUAAGAACAUCUUAGCAUAUUUACCUUGUUAGGCUACAAUUGAGUAGCUUUAGAAUUACCCAUCUGAUACCUUUCUCUGUGUUUCUGCUAAAUCUUGCAUUUUGACAAUUUUGCAAUUGCUUUUGUUCCACAAUUUUUUGGAAUAGUUUUAUGUGUUUAUUUUUAAAUGCCAAAUCAUGUUUUUAGAAAAGUAUAUAAGUUUUUAUGAGACUUUCAACUCUAAAUCCAUUUAGUCUGCUGUUUGUGGACAUGGGAGCAUAACUUUCCCAUCUAGAGAUGAGUAAAGCAAAUGCUUCAAGUGUU